AUGUACAUCAUAAUCAUGAUCGUGCCAAUAAGUUUCGGAGAAAUCAAAUUUUCACUCGGAAAUCUGUUUGCUUUUCUCUGUCACUCUGUGGCCGCAAAAACGGUUGGAACUUUGAGUAGCAGAAGCAGUUUCAGUACCAAGACCCCGGAUCAAGGAAGUAUGAACCCGGCACAGCGGUAUCCCAAGGCGGUGGCCUUCAUUAUCAGCAAUGAGUUCUGUGAGCGCUUCAACUACUACGGCAUGCGCACUAUUCUGGUGCUGUAUCUCACCCACAAGCUGGGCUACAACGAGGAGACUGCAACCGUGCUUUUCCACACUUUUACCAUGCUGGUGUACAUUUUUCCCCUAAUCGGAGCCCUCAUCGCCGAUGGCUUGCUGGGCAAAUACAAGACGAUCCUGUAUUUGUCAAUGGUCUACAGCCUGGGGGCCAUGGUUCUGUCCUUUGGUGCCAUUCCGCUGGAUGGGAUGCCCGUCAAGGCGGUGACUUUAGUGGGACUGCUGCUAAUUGCCAUGGGCACUGGCGGGAUUAAGCCCUGUGUCUCAGCCUUUGGCGGCGAUCAGUUUUCGCUGCCCGCCCAGGGCCCGCAGUUGGCCAAGUUCUUCUCGCUCUUCUACUUUGCUAUCAAUGCGGGAUCCAUGAUCUCCACCACGGUCACUCCUAUCCUGCGAGCGGAUGUGCACUGCUUCGGAGACGAUGACUGCUUCUCGUUGGCCUUUGGCGUCCCGGCCGUGCUGAUGAUCAUCUCUGUGCUGAUCUUUAUGGCCGGCAAGGGGAUGUAUCGUCGUCAGCCGCCGACGGGAAACAUGAUCUUCGGGGUGUCGACAUGCAUUGCGGACGCAUUCAAGGGAUGGAGGAUGCGACGACACACGCAGCCAGAGGAGAGCUUCCUGGACUACGCCAGGCCGACAGUGGGAGCCAGGAUGGUGCAGGAGACGAAGAGCCUGGUGCGGAUUCUGCGUCUCUACCUGCCCUUUCCCAUCUUCUGGGCAUUGUUCGAUCAGCAGGGCUCUCGAUGGACUUUUCAGGCCACCCGAAUGGACGGCAGGGUGCUAGGAUAUCAAAUCCAGCCUGAUCAGAUGCAGGUUAUCAAUCCACUGCUUAUCCUGACCUUCUUGCCGCUCUUUGAAUAUGUGGUUUAUCCCCUUCUCCGUACCAUUGGCAUCCGGAGGCACCUGCAAAAGCUCACCAUUGGCCUGCUAUUGGCCGCCAUCGGCUUCGUCCUGUCUACAGGUCUCGAGAUGAAAAUAGAAGAGGCAGCCGUUGAGGCCAUGCCCGCGACACCGGAUACUGCCCACCUUCGUCUGUACAAUGGAAUGCCAUGUCCCUAUGAGUUUACCAGUGGCUUUGAAUCAUCUUCAGCGAAGCGCCCAAGGGCCAUCGAAAGCCUAGGCAUGUGGACAGAUCUGUCGCUGCGUGUGCCGGAGCCCAGGGAGUACGCCUUCAAGGCGCAGCCGUCUUCGGGCAAAUGCCCCACCAUUACAGGGAAGCUGCGCCUGCAGCCGGGCAAGUCCAUUAGCUACUUUCUGGCUCACGACAAGCUGGUCGAGUUUGCUGACGGCCUGGAAACGACCUCCAGCGCAGGCAGUCCUCCACUCUUGCGUGCGCUACUGAAUACGCCGCCUGAAGAGGGACCUGUCCUUCUCACCGCGCCCGGCUCACACACAAAACCCCUUUCCCUGGACAACAGGAAUGAGUCACAGCUGCUCAAGAUCGGCCCCGGUCCGGACGAAGUGAACAUUAAUGCGGUAAAGGCAGCAAAUUUCAAGACCAAAGCCGGAGGUCUAUACGCCCUACUGGUGGAGGGCAGUGCCCGGGAUGGUUACCAGUAUAACAUGUUCCAGGUUGUGGGUCCCAAUACCGUGUCCAUACUGUGGCAGCUGCCCCAGAUUGUGGUUAUGACGGCGGCCGAGGUGAUGUUCUCGGUGACCGGACUGGAAUUCUCCUACUCCCAGUCACCGCCCAGCAUGAAGAGCGUUAUCCAGGCCUGCUGGCUGCUAUCGGUGGCCAUUGGCAACAUGAUUGUGGUGGUGAUAGCCAAGUUCAAGUUUACCAGCUCCCAGUCUGGCGAGUUUACGCUUUACGCCUGCCUAAUGCUGGUGGACAUGCAUCUAUUCAUGUUGCUGGGACGUAGCUAUAAGUACCGGGAUGAGUUUCAGGUGGAAGUGGCUGAGCUGCCAGAGCCGCCACCUUUGGAAAACCUAUAUUCACGCGAGGCCAAGGGGAAAAAGAUGCGGAAGGCUGGCGGAAAGGAUUUGACCCACCGCAAGGCAUUUGCCAAUGUCUAAGAUAAAACCCUUAAUGAUCUACA